GCGCAGUUCCUCAAAGAGACCUACGAUGUCUCCUUUGAUGGAGGUGAGGCAAGACACCAUUUGUGGAAGAAGGUGUUGCCACAAAAUGGCAAAAGGCGUGGUGAUGCCAAGGUGCAAGAGUGGCUGCAGGCAGAGCACCAAGCCGCUGAGGAACGCGCCGAAAAACGUUGGCGCCAAAAGUUCGAGGAAUGGCAAAUGGAGUGGCAAGCGGAGCAAGCGAACUUCCAGCCGGACAGCGAGCUUGGCAAGGAGCGAAGUGCUUCAAGCCCGGAGAUUCGUUCUGAGAUGCAAGAGUCCACGCUGGAGGACCUCAGAAGCCGGGCCGAAGCUGCGGAAAAAGAGUGCGAGGAGUUGCGCAGUGAAUGCAAAGGCCAAUUAGAUGAGCUGGCAAGGCUUUAUGAGGAGUUCCGGCGGGCACACAAGAAGGUGCAGGAGGAAAAAGCUCGGCGAGAGACUAUCGAGAAGCAUCUGAGUUCUGCCGUCGAGGAGCAAGACAAGUGGACAGCGAAGUUGGACCAUCGCAUUUCACAGCUGCACCAGGCGCGGCAACAGCGGCGUGCCAUCGGCGCAGGAGUCGCACGCUUUAGCAACAGGAUACACACCCUGGAUCUGAGGGCGGCGGAGUGGCUAGCACAAGCUGCCAGCGACAAGAGUCGUGAAAUCCCCGACUUGGUCGAGGAGCUCACAGCUGCCCGUGCCGCAGCUUCCGAGGCAGAACGCCAGGUGGCCGAUGCCGAGGCGGCAUCGAAGGAGGCACUGGGCUUCCUUGAAAGCCUGGAGGUUUCGAACAUCGACCUGGUGGACGGUACUUCCUUCGCAAGCGCGUACAAGGCUGCAUGGGAACCCUGGGCCUUGGAGGCCUUGGAGGAAGACACAGGACAAUCCUCACCUGGCGGGGAGAUGUCUGCAGAGAUGGAGGAAUCAGCGAAGCUCGGGUCCGAAUCGCAGCCGCAAUCUCCCUUCGAGGAAUCUCCCGAGUCGCCGGACAGUGCUUCCUAUCCGAGCGGGAAGGUUGGUGAGCUGGAGGUCUGCUUUGCUGACGAGGAUGUUUCUGCCCCGGUGGACCCGGGCAGUCCGGAGGAUGCAAAGCUUGAAGGGUCCUAUACCAUGGACGAUGCGCUCGAAGAGGACCCAAGCGAACAGGAGCCAGAGUGA